AUGCGGCCACUCCGAGGCAGGAAACUAGACAGAAACCCCGAGCGCAGCGCCUGCGACUUGGAGACCCUCCCCACUCCCGCUCAGCCCAGCUUUCCUCACGGGAGCCGCAAACUUGGGGCACGUUGUGCAGAGAUUUUGCGAACAACAAGAACCUUGUGCUCACACUCACACGGGAGAAUUGCAGCAGGAAGCAGUGGAAAAGGAAGAGGAGCCAAGCGCAAACAGCAGGCUGGAGGGACCACAAAGAAGGCUCAGAGUGACCCUUUGUUUUCUGCUCAGCUCCUUCCCCACCAUGGCUACCCCUUGGAACACACGUUUAACAAAGAUGACUAUUGGUAUAUUCUAGCUGAGCCUAAUCCCUGCGCCCCUGACUCUGAGAAGCUGGACUGCUGGGCAGGAAAACCUAUUCCUGGAGACCUCUACAGAGCCUGCUUGUAUGAACGGGUUUUGUUAGCCCUGCCUGGUCGAGCUCCCCAGCUAAAGAUCUCUGAUGGCCGGCUGACUGUGGUUGGAGAGAAAGGCUACUCUAUGGUGUGGGCUUCUCAUGUGGUGCUGAAAGGUGCCUGGUACUUUAAAAUCACGGUGGAUGAGAUGCCACCAGACACUGCUGCAAGACUGGGUUUGUCUCAGCCCUUUGGUAACCUUCAAGCUCCCUUAGGUUAUGAUAAAUUUAGCUCUUCUUGGUGAAGCAAAAAGGGAACCAAGUUCCAUCCGUCCAUUGGUAAACACUACUCUUCCACCUACGGACAGGGAGAUGUCCUGGGAUUCUAUAUCAAUCUUCCUGAAGACACGGAGACAGCCAAGUCACUGCUCCAUACCUAUGAAGGUAAAGCUUUGAUAAAGUUCAAGAGUUAUUUGUAUUUUGAGGAAAAAGACUUUGUGGAUAAAGCAGAGAAGAGCCUAAAGCAGACUCCCAAUAGUGAGAUAAUAUUUUAUAAAAAUGGUGUCAAUCAAGGCGUGGCUUACAAAGAUGUUUCCGAGGCGGUUUACUUUCCAGCCAUUUCACUGUACAAGAGCCGCACGGUUUCCAUUAACUUUGGACCAUGCUUCAAGCAUCCUCCAAAGGACCUCACUUACCGCCCUAUGGGUGACAUGGGCUGGGGUGUCAUAGAACACACUCUGGCUGAUGUCUUAUAUCAUGUGGAAACAGAAGUGAAUGGGAGGUUCCCCUUCCUUUGCAGAUGUGGACUUUCUGGGGAGUCAUGGUGGGUUUUUUUUUCCCUUGUUGUUCAACUGUCGCGAAUGUUAUCCCAAAGAUACUGCAGCACUGUAGCCUCCGCUGUCAGCAAGUGA